AUGGACGUCGACAGCGUCAGCUCAGGAGUGACAGACGUCACGCUGGCGGCCACGACUGCCGCAGUGGAGCGGUAUGUUGCCUCCCAACAGGUCAGUGCUAGCGGAGUUGGGUUUGCGCGGUUGCCUGAAGCUUUGCAGGGGAACGUUCCUGCUGCUACAGGCGUCGAGUGUGGGCAUGCCGCACACGAGCAGGACGUUGCUGCAGCCCACGAGCUUGACGCCGUCAGCUGGAUUGUCCACUGCAUGCUCUGCACUUCCUUCACCUUCGCCGUUGACGCCGUAGACUUCACCUUCGCCUUUGACGCCGUAGACUUCUUUGAUCUUUGUUUCUUUGCAUUGGGCUAUGUGGUGGCGGCGCCAUCUGCGUCCACUGUGUUACCCGACGUCGGCUUCGUCUUCACCUUGGUGGUCUUGCGAGUGGAGUUUUUCGGGUCGGACUGGUUACGCCGACUGUUGGCCUUCUUCUUGGCGGCUCUGCCCCCAGUUGCUUUGGCCAACUUGGCCCGUAGCUGGGACGGCAAUCGCACCAAGUACGGUUUCUUCCUGCGGAGAUGGCCGGUAGUCCUGCUGACGCUGGUGGCUUUGUCGUCCCGACUAGGCCUGAUCUAG